AUGUGUAACAAUUAAAUUAUUAAAUAAUAUCUAUAUAUAUGCAUAUAGAUAUAUAUGUAUAGAUAUAUAUGUAAUUGAGUUUAUGAUUACAUCUGCAAUUAUCAAGCCAGGGCGAACAGUGAAAUUUUAAAAGGAAGAAACAAAUCGGAGCAAGAUGACAGCUACAAAUAUACCACGCCGUCAGGCUAUACCGGUGCUUUACACCCGUGGCACUCACUACGACGUGGGCUUCGAUAUGGGCCGCACAUUUGCCUCACUGAUAAAAAGUUUCCUACAAUUAUCGAUACCUUUGAAUAACGAAUAUCUACCUUUGUAUAACACGGAGAAAGGCAAAAAUGCCUAUAAUGAAACAUUGGAAACGGUGAAGAACUCCUUUCCUCAAUACAUCCGUGAAUUGGAGGGUGUGGCUGAGGGUGCACAAGUGGAAUUCCAUAAGCUCUUUCUCUUACAUAUGGACGAUAUAUUGCCGCAAAGUCUUAAAUAUUUGAAUUCCACGCCCAAGAAGCAGGCGAUAGGAUGCUCCAGCAUUAUAUUAAAUGGUCCGAAAGAUAGGAUAUUAGCCCAUACUGAAGACGCGUUAACCGCAACUCUCAAUCAUUAUUAUUUUGUGGUCGCACAUAUAAUAAACGAUACGCCCCAGGGUAAAUACAAUGUAAAAGAAGAACGUUUCAUGUCGUUAUGUUAUGCCGGGCACUUGCCUGGCUACACGAUGAGCUAUAAUCAUCAUGGCUUAGUAUUCUCCAUAAAUACUCUAUCGGCCGAAGUAUUAAGAAGUGGCAAAACGCCUCGUCAUUUUAUUACGCGAGCACUAUUAGGCGCAGAAAAUUUCGAACAAGCUUUAAAAGUUCUAAAGGAUGAGGGUGUAGGCGCUGGAGAUGGUUGCUCAAUUAAUUUAACAUUUUUAAAUGAUUCGUCAGCGACUUGCUACAACAUCGAAAUGGCCCCGACUUUAGGUACCGAGAAGGAAUCACGCUUGGAUAUAAAAAAAAUCGCUCCUUCCAAUUUCAAUUGUCACGCUAAUAAAUAUGAACGCAUCAAGAUUGAACAGGCGAAUCAGAUAAUGUUGGAUUCGAGUAUUUCCCGCAUGAAAACCUUUAUGGCGUACAAUCCGCCUAAAACCAAAAAGGAUGUAAUUACCAUGCUUGGAGAUACCAGCGGCGGUACACAUUGCGUUUUCCGUGAAAAUCUUUGCAUGGAUGAAGAAGUGAAAACCAUUGCUGUCGGUGUUUUCGAUUUGAAUGAGAAAACCUUUGCCCUCUAUUCCGAUAAUCCUCGCCAUCAUGAGCCGCACGUGACAUUGCCAUUAAUAUUAAAAUGAAUGCUUUAUGUAUUUUGAAUCAAAUAAACACUUGUUACGAUAAAUGUGUAGACACAUUUUGCUUACAUGGCACCCGCUGUAUUCGUGUGACGCUUAUGAUAAAUAUGAUUAAAUAAAAUUAAAUGAUACCCACUUGUUAAUUAUAAA